AUGUGUGACCUGGUCCUGCGGGGUCUGAUAGGGACGGGGCUGCAGGCUGUGGACCUUCACGUGGUGGACUCCCUCACUGACAGACUGUUCGAGGGCCAGCACAUCCCGGGGCAAGACCUCAUCGCCAGGAACAUUGCGAGAGGACGGGAGCACGGCCUGCCGCCCUACGUCAAAUACCGGGAGGCAUGCGGAGGCCCUGUUCCCACCACCUUCGAUGAUCUGCUGAGUGUCAUGUCCCGCCAGGCCGUGCACGCCCUCACCAAAGCCUACGCCAGGGUGGAAGAUGUGGAUUUGUUUGUAGGAGGCCUGGCGGAGUAUCCAACGUCCGGGGGUAUGAUAGGACCGACCUUCGCCUGUCUCAUUGGGUACCAGUUCUUCAACCUGAGACGAGGAGACAGGUUCUGGUAUGAGAACGUGGACGCAGGCUUCAGUUCCUCCCAGCUGCGCGCCCUUCGUAGCUCCUCCUCCCUCGGCCGUAUUCUGUGUGAUAACAUGGACGAGAAGAACGAGAGGAUGCCCGCUAACAUUUUCCAGCGGCCGGCUCAGAGAGGGAAUCCUCUGGUGCUUUGCAAUCACUUAACGCCCCUGGAUUUGGCGCCGUGGAAGGAGUACCCCAUCAAGGAGGAGGUGGACUGCCUUUACCUGGGCCACACCUACACCUACGGGAGGCCGGCUCACAUCUCCCCUUGCCUCACCUGUCGCUGCCACGAUGAAGGACUGAAUCCCAGAGUUCCGUAA